AAUGAAAAAGGAAAAGAAAAAAGAUAAAAGAAAAACUAAGAGAAAUAUUAAUAAAACUUGUGGAGCGGUCGAAGAAGAAUAUAUCACGGGUGAUGAACUGGCUCCGCCAGUACCCUUACCCCCUCCAGCGCCGCCCCCAUCCAAGUUGUCGCCAAGUUUGCAAUCAGUUAUACCAUUCAUGAAACAAAGAGUGAAUCAAGUUGAAUCGAAAGCGAAAAAAAAGAAGAAAAAGUGUGAAAAGAGCAUGAAAUUGAUAACAAGAGAAUUAAUUGACGAUAUUUCUAAACUAGGCUUCAGUUACGAGCCGAGCAGUGAUAGUGACGAUAACUGCACUACAAGGAAUGAAAACUUUCAACGUGUUUCUAGUAAAGAGAAGAUAAAGGAGAUGCAGAAAAAUACUGCUGAAGAUCUGGACUUAUUCUCAAUCAACGAAGACGAUGAUUGUGAAGAUACGGUGUCUAAAUCGACCGUUUUAUCAGCAAAAUCUGUGCAGGCGAUAGUAACUAAACAAGCAGCUCCUCUCUCAUCUGUCAUUAUUCCACCUAAUAGGCUUGUUCCUUUACCCGCCUUUACUUUAGCCAAACAAACGACGGACAUUCGAGCAAGAUUUCCUACUCCGUUUGCAGUUGUCGCCCAUAAUCCUCAUCCUCUAUUCGUAGCUACCUCCACUACGCGGAGAACUACAACGGGACCAACAGUCCAUGUUCCUCUUCUCUACUCCCAUUCGCCAAUAGUUUUUAGACAGCAGCCGUCAACUUCGAUUAUGCAAAGUGUCUCACCUAGAACUCUGCCCUCCGCUCACCUUACUCCGUCCAGACCUCAGACUUACACGCGAGUACUAACGCAUAUAGCUGGAACGACUGGACCCUCUCCGUACAUUUGUGCUUAUACACCUCCAAUCACGUCAAAUUCAUAUCAUAUUAGUUAUGAUAGAAAAAACGACUCGAAGGUUUUUUGGAAAAAAAAACCUCUGUCGGUAACAUUACCACCAAAUAAGCCAAACACAAUAAAAAAAACUAAUUCUUCAACUGAUGAAGAUAAGAGCGAACUAACUCUGAUUGAUGUUGAGUAUUUGCUAAAAUUUUGCAAAGAUAUAAUAGACGAUAGCGAAAAAGUCAAAACAGUGGAAUGUACAUCGGAAGAGAAUAUUUUUGAAAUGAAUACUAAACCAAGAAAUGUUACUACGUUAGCAAAAAAUACUGAUAAUACAGAUUUUUGGCUUAGAGUUCACACGUUAAAAAGUCAAAGAGACGGAGGUAUUUUAGAUCAUGAUGAUAAAUUACACGACGUUGUGGAUGACAGAGAACAGUUAAUCGCAUUGUAUGAAGAAGCAAACACUUCAGUUCACCAUGUGGGAGACGGGCGAAGUUCAGCGGGUACCACGAGUCCAGAAAUGAUUCAUGUAUCUGCAAGCGCUGUUUCGUACGAAAGACACGAUAAGUGGUUACCUAAUCAGAAUGAUAUCGUUGUCACGACUAAAGAUAUAAAUGCUUCAUCUGUUAAGUUGAGAGUUCGACGAGGAAGCGAGCCAGCAUUAAAUAAAGUUGGCCUUCCACCCCCUUAUCCAAUAGAUAAACAAUUCAGCACCCAAGCUAACGAUUAUCCUUCAAAAGCUAAUGACUUUCCCAUAAAGCAUGAGCGAUCUGGUUCGGACGAUUGUAGUGCCUUUUCAAGAUUUCAAAGGAGGUCUCUGCACAGUAAUAAUGUAAACAUGUGGAAGUGGUUUGAGGCUCAAGAAAAGAUCGAGGAGAGAUCAAUGGAAGGGUCAGCUUAUCUUAGCUCAUCAGCUCUACGUGUACCCUCGGAUCAUGAGGAAACACAUAACGAUCGACACGAACCACUUGGAGAAUCAUCCAGUUCAAAUUCCGAGGAGAAAGCUGCAGACACUUUAUCAAUGUCACCUCCACUUCCACAAAGUGAACCUCCUUCUAGAAAAAGGACACUUACACUCAUGGCCGAUGGCGGACUAUUAGGAAUACACGUUGUACCUAAUUUCGACAAUAAUAAAAAGGAAAACGGCCUUGUAAUUCACAGUAUAGAACCGAAUAAAGCUGUUGCAAAGGACGGUAGGCUAAAAGAGAAGGAUUGUAUUCUAGAAAUAAAUGGAAUUAACCUUUACGGCCUCCCAUUUAAUAGGGCCAAAGAUAUCUUCAAAGAUGCCUUACGAAAAAAUUCAGUUGAUUUGUUGGUAGAAUCACCCUGUCUCUCAGAAGAAAUCGUUUCCCAAGAAACUAAGCCUGUAUCUCCUAAAAAAACAACCCCCGAAGUGCCUCCAAGAAACCCAAACACUGUCCUAACGCCCCAAAAACACUCUCUGUCCAAUACAAGAAAAAUUGGCACUGAAAUAACCAUUCAAUUAAUUAAGGGAAAGGAUGGUUUAGGGUUCAGCGUAACAACUCGAGAUAAUCCAGGAGGGGGUCGUUCCCCUAUCUAUGUUAAAAAUAUAUUACCGAGAGGGGCAGCUAUAACAGAUGGAAAGCUUCAAAAGGGUGAUAGAAUACUUAAAGUUAAUGGAAUUGAUAUGACAGAAAAGACACAAGAAGAAGCCGUCAAUCUUCUAAAACAAGUUAGACAAGGCUCUUCGGUUGAUUUAGUCGUCUCUCGUCAAGUUCCCUUAUCGUCUACGUCUUCAGAUAAUCAACAAUUUUCUCUUCCCCGUCAAAUGAAUUCAUGUGCCUCACCUGACACUGAACAGUCGCCUGAAGAUCAUCAGACGCCUCCAGACGAAGAAGUAGGCAAGGAAGAGAUUUUAGAAUUUGAAGUUGCUAGUAACGAUACUAAUUCCGCCGGUUUGGGUGUGGCAGUUAAGGGAAAGAUCGAUGAUAAUGGACAUGUAGGUCUUUUCAUCAAAAGUAUUAUACCUGGAGGAGCGGCAUUUAAAGAUAGCAGAUUGAAAAUAAAUGAUCAGAUUUUAGAAGUAAACGGGCAUGGUCUUAAAGGUCAAACGAAUAGUGAGGCAAUGGACGAACUAAAAAAUGCAGUAAAAAUAGGUGGAAGGCAUAGUAUUCGAGUUAAAGUUCGCCGCAUAUCGAAUAGCGAUGUUUCUGAAGAUAAAAAUAAUAAUUUCGCCAAGGAUGACAACAAUGGAUUGAGAAACGAAUCGUAUUAUAGAGCUAAUUAUGAUUCUCUGGCCAUGGAUAGCUUUUUGAGCCAAGAAAAGUCGAAUAAAGCACACAAAGAGGCCUUGAUUGAAGAAAGGAAUAAUGUAAACAAUCCUGUCAAACCACUUAGCGACAAAAAUAACAAGAUUGUUAGCGAUGAUGGAGUCUUUAAAAAACCGAAACCGAGCGUUCUACCAUCGUUUGCCGAUGCCACUGACGCUAAGAUUAAAUCACCAGAGGAAAAUAAACAAGAUUUCAUUCCAGAAACGCCGACAAAAAUCGACGAUCUAAAACCGUUUGAUAGAGACGCCCCGGGACGUCGUAGUAUAUCUGAAAAGAGGAAAGGUCAUGGUGACCCGAAUUCUAUUGAAUUUUAUCAGAAAUUAAAGCAUUCAAAAAAAGACAGUGAUCCCCUAGCAGCAAGCGCUCCAACUAAUUUGAAAAGAGUCAUUUCUGCUGAAUGUCUUAGCAGCACUAACACUGAACAAUUGUGCGAAUGCAAGCUCAAAGCUCAACAAGUCGGGCCUACUUUGGGAUUAAAAAAGUCUAGUUCAUUGGAAUCACUUCAGGCUGCAGUACACGACGCUACCCUCCGUGAUCCUGAACAAGAUAAAAAGACGUUCAAACAACCAAAGCCAGUCUCCAGAGGUAGAGGAUGCAAUGAAAGUUUUCGAGCUGCCGUUGAUAGGUCUUAUGAACCUGAUGACCUUCCUCAACUCGAUUCUUUGGAUGAAGAAACUGAUGGAGGUUUAUCAUCAGCUAGUUCCCAAAAACCAAUUAAUCGAAAGAGAUCAAAAGAAAGAUUAGGUUUGUUAAAAGUGUUCAAAUUUGGAAAGAGUAAGAAGAAUGAUGGUGAAAGUACAAAGCAACAAAAGAAGAAAUUACAGGAAUCUCAGCAAUCACGGCAGAGAAGAGGAAUCACUGUCGAUAAAAUGGUUGCAAUGAAACAAAAAUAUAUGGAUGAGCAUCAGUCUAGGGGAGGUAAAUAUCCGAAUGAGGAAGUUGAACCAACGUACUUGGCACAAUCUUAUCCUGCUCGGCGGCCUGCAGAGAGGGUUGAAAGACCUAAUCUUAGACAACCUCAACAACCAAUUGACUUUGUUAGAGCAAAUAUGAACACGAAUGAAAGGAUGGAAGAAGAAGCAAUGAAGUUUAGGCAGAAACUUCCCUCUUCGAAAUCCGCUCAAAAUUUACAACAUCAGAUAAAUCAACAAAGAGUUUAUGACCGACUGGCUCAAUCGCAACAUGUUCCAAAUGCGUCAGAUCGACGAAGUCGGCACCAUCAAGCCUAUUCUACAAGUUCUCAGCCAGAUAAAGCUAUGGAUUUAAACGAUUUAGCUAUGCCUUCAAAUAUUCAUGUAUUCGAUCCUCUUACUCGAUCGCAGUUCGAUCCUAGAACGUCUCGAUUCGCUCCGCCCAAUCCUUACAUUAAUCGUCAACAACGGUCAGAUUAUGGACCACUUGAACCCCGGGUCUUUGAUCCUCGUUUUCCUUCUCGUCCCUCAUCUACUAUUCCUAGUAGAAGCUCUUCUCCCCCAAGAAUAAAUGGCUAUCGUUCAAAUACACCUACCAACUCUUUAGGUUAUCUUUCUCAUCACCAUCGGAAACCUCCACUCCCACCCUCUUCGAAUAUUCAUGAACUUGAUGAUCCACGAUCUGUGUACAGACCAUCAGAGACAAUACACUACGGCUCUCUUGGUCGCCGACCAACACCUAGAAUAUCUAAUUCAGCUCAGACUACGUCAUCUUGUAAUAUAAAGGAUUUAGAUGAUACAUUGACAAAAGAAAAUAUAGACCUAAAUGAGGGAUUUGAGAAUGAAGAUAAUCUUACUCUUUUUCUGGCUGCAUGUAUUGGGGGCAAUCAUCAAUUAAUAAAGUAUACCUUGUCUAAAGGAGCAGAUAUAUGGUCAAUGACUUCUUUCGGAGAUAAUGCGUUAUAUUUGCUUGUUCAUUCGUUGUGUGAAAAAGAAUACGAUACGAGGCACAUUGCAAUACUAGAAGAUCUAAAGCAAGCUGGUUGUCUUAUCGAUAGCCCGAAUUGUGAAGGUUAUACGCCCCUGCAUAGGGCAGCUGCUGGAGGGUAUAUGUAUAUCGUGGACUGGUUACUAGAAAAUGGAGCAGAUCCUUCAAUAUUGAACGUGCAUGGACUACAACCCCAUGAAGUUGCCUACCUACAUGGUCAUUUUCAAGUAUCAGGGAAAUUAAAAGCUUAUACUUUUAUACGUAAACUACAGUUGUCGUUAAGUAGGAGAAAUAGAUUGGAGAGUUGUGAAAGUAAUUUUAAUUACAGCAAUACCAGUUUUAGAAUAAGUGAAUGGCUAGAUGAUGUUAACCAAUGGAAUACAAAAUAA